CGAGAGAUAAAGUGCGAGGGCUGGAAAGGGGCGGGAGGGGGAGUAAAAGAUGGUGGAAAACAGUCAGGAACGCGGCCCAGCCGCCGGCGCCGCCGUCUUCGGGCCACUUUCUUGAACGGGGGCGUGCGCACCCGGGCGAGGGGCAAUCGAAGCCGAUCGAUAGGAGCCGGCCCUCGUGCGCGGCCGGGGCAUGAGCAGCCCCCCCGGGCACUAGGGGCCGGCCUGAGCCCCGGCUUUAAUGAGUGCCGGGGAGGACCCCCGCGCGCAUCCCAGCAUCGAUUGAAGGAUGCACCUCUACUUCGAGAGGAACGACAAUGCCAAGUGCGACUGCAACGUGCUGUCACUCAGCUGGAUGGGCAAGUUGCCGGACGAGCUGCAAGAGGACGAGAGCUGGAAGCUGUAUCGGCGUAAAUACUAUCAGGAAGGAUGGUUGGCAACGGGGAAUGCGCGGGGCCUCGUCGGCGUGACCUUCACCACUUCUCACUGCCGACUGAGGACGCCUGAACUGCCGUUGCGUGCCAACUAUAAUCUGCGCGGACACAGGAGUGAGGUGAUACUCGUAAAGUGGAACGAGCCUUAUCAGAAGCUCGCUUCGUGCGACAGUACCGGUGUCAUCUUUGUUUGGAUCAAAUACGACGGCCGUUGGAGUAUUGAACUUAUCAAUGACCGGAGUACACCAGUCACGCACUUUUCUUGGUCGCACGAUGGUCGCAUGGCACUUAUAUGCUACAAGGAUGGAUUCGUGCUCGUUGGCAGUGUCGCGGGUCAGCGCUACUGGUCCUCGAUGCUCAACCACAAGGCUGUGAUCACCUGCGGCAUCUGGACACCCGAUGAUCAGCAGGUCUACUUCGGGACGACGGCCGGGCAGCUAAUUGUUAUGGAUGUCCACGGUGCCAUGGUUUCGGAAAUUCAGCUCGGUGCAGGAGUGACGUCAAUGGCCUGGUCAGCGGAAAAGUUUAAGUUGGAAGAGGACGAGGACGAGGAUAAUGUGGAUGAGGAGCAUGAUACGGAGGACCGUGACGAAGAAGAGGAUCAGGAAGCCGGGAGCAGAGCUACGAAUGCGCGCAACUAUGUAUUAGCGGUGUGCCUGGCCGAUGGGAACGUUGUGCUUCUGAGGUCCUUCGACGAUGUGUCGCCUGUUACAAUAAGCACCGGCCUCAAACCCCCCUUACACGCCGAAUGGAGUAACUCGUGGAAGCUCCUUGCGAUUGCCGGCAUCAAGGAACAGGAACAGCAGCUGCAGCAGCAACACCACCACCAUUGCCAUCCGCCAGUCAUUGAGUAUACAAACCUUUUGAAAUUUUAUUCUGAUACGGGUAUACUUAUCUACACCAUCGCCAUACCCUAUACUCAGAGUCCAGUGACCGCUAUGACAUGGGGCCACAAUGACAGGCGACUUUUUGUUGCUACAGGGACACAUGUCCAUGCUGCUUGGGUCUCUAGGGGUGUCGGCUCGCUGCAGUUGUUGUCAAGGCUCGCACUCAAGGCCGCACUGACCAAAGAAUCGAGCGUACAACUACUGCCCCUUCCACCCCGACUCAAGGCUCUCGUCUCUGGACUCUUCGCCAACACGAUUCGCUGCUGUAUACCGGAGCCUCGCGAGUUGCGUCGCUUCGUGUCGCGUCCACCGCCUCUGGGAGGCCGACUACACUGUACGAUGCUUCGGAACCAAGGUGAACCACCUCACAGUUACACCCUCUACGUGGAAUAUCUGGGCGGGCUGAUACCGUUGCUGAAGGGCCGACGUACCAGCAAGAUCCGACCGGAAUUCGUAAUAUUCGACCCGGAGAGUGGCCACUGUACGUCCCAGAACGGCUUUGACUUCCAGAGCGAUUCGACCUCACCGACGCCCUCUUGCAGCGAUGAUUCGGACAAUGAGCGGGACACCGUGGAACUCUGCGCUGGCUCACCUCGUUUUCGUAGAAAGAGUCGUAGGAAGUGUCGAACCUCUUACGAGAGAAGCACUUGCAAUAACGACGACGACGAGAAUUACGUCGAUACCCUGCCAGAGAAAGCAAGACUCGUCGAGGUAACAUCAAACAUUUGGGGUACCAAGUUUAAAUUUCACGGCUUAGCGGAUUCAGUUCCAGCGAAUCUUGGUAGAGUAACUUACCGGCCCUCGCUCUUACACCUUCAACCUCGGCAAAUGACUCUCGUAAUCACAGAAUUGAGAGAUGAUCUUCCCGCAGGUCCGGAUCCAAGUUUCAACCCAAACCUCUUCUCGGAGGACGAGGAGGAAUGCAUGCAGGGAGAGUCGUCGUUGGCAAUUCCUCGUACUUAUGGCUUCUCGCGUUGUCCAUCCGAGCAGUAUCAACAGCAACAGCAUCAUCAUCACCAUCAUCAGCAGCAACAGCAGUCACCGUCAAUCGUGCCGCUUUUCCCUGUCGGUGAGAGCCACGACGACGACUAUCCCUACGAGUACCAACCCAUACCACCACCUCCACCUCACCAGCUUGAGUACCCGAUACUCAAUUACUGCGAGACGAUGAGGCCGGUUGCGACCCCGGGCUGUCAUCAUCACCGAGCCACCUACGCGUCACGUUGCUGUGACGUCCCGACUCUCCAGUCCCCUAAGAACGCCGUCGCUCCCACUCAGACGCUCAUCGCCACGUCAAGUCCAAGCGGUGAAUACUCGAGCAACGUGCAGCGGGUGAAGACGGCGCUAGUCGAUCAGCAGAAUGCAAUUAGUAGUCUAAUAAAGAAGGAACUGGAUGUAGGGACUGGCAACAAGCUCGUCUACGCGCACACGGUCGAAGACAAGUUUCACAUUGGUAACGGCUCGUCCUCGAACUGCUGCCUACAUCCGAGGGCUGGAUCGACCCACCAUCAGGGCUACAGUUACGCGAACGGCGAAUGUGGCCCGACGGUUGGCAGCAUCGUCCAUUCGAAGAACAAUCUAAACGUUGGCCGCCAGGAGACAGCCGCGAGCCUCCUCCAGCCUCGAAACGGCGUUGAGACCAACCACUCGAAUUCCAUUAUCGAGGACGAGGAACGGCGCAACGAUGUACCCGCCCUCAAGAGUCAGUUUCAGGCAGUGCAUCGAGCGCCAACAGUCGUGAGCAUUGGACCUACACAAAUUUCCGCGAACUCGAUAGUCCGCAGUUGCAGCGUCGGCUACCUCGAUCUCGUUGACGCGCAGAUUGUACCCUGCGAUGUUGCCCUCAAUAUGCUGCGCAAGGAUGCGCCAAAUAAGCGGCUAUUCCUUAUUUCCAGGAAGAACAAGCGACGCCGACGCAGCAGCAAGGACAACUCAGUUAAGGAAAACGGAAGUAACGUCGUAGUGCAUCGAACGACACGACCGCGUCUCAACGACUGCGGCAAAUCACGGAGUCUGGACUCGAGCGAGCUCUUCACCUCGAGCGAACAGAUAAUCGUCCUGCCACCGAGGCUUGCCGAGCACAUGGAGGAGACUGGCUCGACGACCGCGGCGACCGACGAUAACGACUCCGGCGACCUCUGCUCGGAAGUCGCGCAGAACGAGAUGAAUGUGCGCAAGGAGGCUUCCACGGCGAUUCUCUGCUCGAGAAAGGAUAGUCACGAAACUGUCUCCAGGACCUAUGCCCAGCAGCUGCUAACCAGUCACAGGCCUAUUAUCAUCACCGAAAACAUUGCCAGCCACGGCGAGCCCUCGAAUAUAAAUACAUCCAGCCAGAGUCCAUCCGUGGAGUCGUCCCUCGACGGUCUGACUUCGAGGCUCGAUGGGCUGGCGGUGAAACUCGGCGAUUUCGAGGAUUGCCACUCACUCCCACCCCCAUCUCCCCGUCCGUCAACGAGAUUGCCGAGAAGUUCGCCAAGCAGCCCUGCGCCCUCGAAGAAAGGCAAAAGACCAGCCUCCGCUUCUCCAAUUAGAAGGAGACUGCUUUCGAGUCCACUGCUCAAUAGGAAAACACGUAAGAAUCGUAAUGAAAGUUCCGACGAGGAAGGCUUAAUCAGUCAAGAUGAUAUCUCGAAUUAUCGCGAUCUUGAAACUUUUCAGAAAGCACAACUACGCCAGAAGUUAAGAAAACGAGGUGGAAACUUCGGAUAUGAAUCCGAAGCAACUAGACGUGAAAUUAUAAUGCACAAUAAAGCACCAAUGUGGAAUGAAGCUAAUCAAGUUUAUCAAUUAGACUUCGGGGGUAGAGUUACUCAAGAAAGUGCUAAAAAUUUUCAAAUUGAAUUUCGAGGUAAUCAGGUUAUGCAGUUCGGAAGAAUACAAGGAAACGCUUAUACUUUAGACUUUCAAUAUCCUUUCAGCGCCAUACAAGCCUUUGCCGUUGCUCUGGCAAGUGUUACGCAAAGGCUAAAAUAAAGUUAUACAUUUUACGUUAUACUUGUAUACAUACUCUGACAGAUGUGAGAAUAUUUUUUUAAAUUAGU